AUGAAACAACAACAACUUCCACCCCAUCAUGAUGGUAUUUCCUCCUCAUCGAUGAGUACCCACGGACUGAGGACCAGUGGUCAUCAUACUGAUACUCAUGAAUUACCUGCCCAUUUUCGAAUACAAUACAUUCAUAAACCUUAUCGUUGCAAGAAAUCCAUGACGCGUCAUUUGCAACAACCACACAUCUUUGUUGAUAAUAGUGGCGAGUUUGGAAAACUCAUGAAAGCAUGCCAUCCACAACACCAAAAAAGCAUUCAAUCCAAACCACCUCAGACCUCAGUGAGUAGAAGACGCAAAAAGUCUCUCGGUUGCAUCGAUUACUUUAAAGGAAUUGAAUACGAGCCCAUCUCAGAUCAACGUUUUUCCAAUUUGACCCUGAUGGCUAUGAACCUGUUCCCUACGAGUCAUUCUCAAUCCCCUCCCUCCGUUCAUACCGAUCAUCAUGUUGCUUCUGUAAUGAGUUCCUCCUUCCAUCCUGACCACUCUACUCCCUCCUCACCAAGUACAUCCAUCCAUACAGAUGAUAGUCUUUGCUCAUCUGUGAGUGCGUGUGUGGGAUCUUCCUCUGGUGUAUCAAGCAUGUCGAAUCUAGGACCAGCAACCAUCUCUGUGGAUGGUCGAGCCGUUGAACGACAAUCACUCGAAAAAUAUUCAUUCCCACCCAAGCAUCAAAGGGUUGUAAGAACCUCAAUCUCUAUCCACGAAUUACUAAAUUAA